AUGUCUUCGCUACCAUCCGUCGACGACUAUCAUCUCAACGACUCGCAAAGGAACCUUCGCGCCUCGCUGAUAAUAUGCUUAACCGUUUCCGCUGUCUUUGUCCUAUUGAGAGCCCUGGUUAGGCUGCACAUUCAGCGCCAGUUUGCCCUGGAUGACUAUCUCUUGCUGCUUGCACUAUGCGGCUUCUCCAUGAUGACAGCUUUCAUGGUCCAUGCCAUUGACACCGGGGGUUUUGGCCGGCUGACAAAGGAACUCCCCUUGCCUGUCCUCCUACGCGGCAUCAAGUUCCUCAUCUGCACCCAAGUGUCUUACACUCUGACCCUGCUCACCACAAAUCUGAGCAUUGCAUUCCUUCACCUGCGCAUCACGGGCAGAGCGCAUCCUCUUUUCAACCGUCUUCACUAUGUGUCCAUUGCCGUAAACGUCAUCAUCGGGCUUUACGAAUGCUUCGCCUUGCUCUUUCAGUGCUAUCCGGUUUACAAAGCCUGGACUCCGACAAUGCAAGAAGGGCACUGCGUGGAUAAGCACGGGCUCACCAUUGGCAUCUACGUCUAUUCUUGCGUCAAUGUCGUGCUCUUCUGCUACUACGCUUUUGCUCCUGCCCCCUUGAUCUGGAAGCUGCAGCUCAAGCCGGCUGUCAAAUUGUCUGCAAUCUUCGUUCUGGGCAUCGGUAUCUUGGCAAGCAUUGGGACCAUCAUCCGGUUCAGAUACCUCUUCGGCUUCUCAAAGACGACAGAUGAACUUACGGACAGAAAGGGCACCAAGCCCGGGUCAGACUCGAAGAAGAGAAUCCCGCGUGGCUAUACUUUCCAGCUUUCCGAGAUCGAUUCGAUGAGUAUAAAGGAACAGAGGAUUCCAAUCACCCAGGAGUUUGAACUCAGUACCGUGAGUACUUCUGCAGUAGCCACACCUGCUACUUUGUACGACAAUGGUUGCGUGAGCUACUUCCCGAUGGAGCCGGAGCCAAUUGCGAAUGUCAAGCGGGAAUGGCGGCUACCAGACUUAGAGAGAGGGUCUUAG